CAUUAUUUUCCAAUACUAGGGGUAUUUGUCGUAAUUACCUGUGAUUACGGAGCCCCUUUUUGACCACACGCGUUACUAUUUCGGGCACAUCAAUAACCGAAUCCCCCUUUGACCCACCUUUACCCUCUAUUUUUUCGUCAACAAUUUUUUCCCCAAUUCCAAUUUCUCAUCUUCUUCCCCUUCAAUCGACCUUGAUUUUUCUUCUCGAAGAUCAAAUCAACCUACGAUCCUUCUAAUUCGUUUCAUUCUCUAUCGAUUGGUACUUCUUUUGGAUCUAUCCGUCUGAAAAUCGAAUUCCGAGUUAAAUAUGGUGCAAAAAAGACCAUACAGUGAAGAAAAGUUGUAUGAGGUUUCAUCUAAGCAGCCGAGACAUGUAGAACCGAGUAGUCAGCUAGUUUCCUUUUUGCAGUUUCCGUGUGAAUCAGUGGCUCCUAACUCUUACACUUCAGGUGGAGAUGAGGAGAAACUUUCAGAAGUCAAAGCUUUCAGUGAGAAGAGACCUGAUAGUUGCGAUGUGGCUGCAGUUCCUGUUUCUUCCGAGAAAGCAAUUGAGACGAGCAUUCAUGGCUCUGCUUCAAACUCUUCUUGGACCUCUAGUAGCACCAGCAAAGAAGACAUCAGGUCCGAGGUGCCUUUUCAUGUAUUGACGGCUUCUAAAUAUUACAAUACUGAUCCUUCAUUCAGAGUUGUUAUUCAUCCAAUGGAGGUCUAUUCCCCUCUUUUGAACAAUCAUCCUCGGAAAUCAGUUCCCAUUGGACCAGAUUUCCAAGCCGAAUUACCAGAAUGGAGUGCAUAUGAUUGUAAAAAUAUAUCCAUGAAGGAGAGCACUCAAGAAAGCCCAAAUCUUCCAUCUCAAGCUCUAGAAUCAGGUUUUGUGGAUCAUCAUGAUGAAGAAAAUAAACUUGCUGGGACAUGUAUCAUUCCAAUGCCUAAAUUGGAAUUACCUGCAGACCACGAGGAGAAUGUUGGAGCAGGAAAAAUUGGGUGUUCCUGUGAAGAUGCUGGUUCCUUUGGAUGUGUUCGGCUGCACAUCAUGGAAGCAAGGGAGAAACUUAAGGCGGCCUUGGGUGAGGAAACAUUUGUUAGGUUGGGUGUUUAUGACAUGGGAGAGAUAGUGGCAGAGAAAUGGAGUGAAGAGGAAGAGGAAUUAUUUCAUGAAGUUGUAUUUUCCAAUCCUGCAGCACUAGGCAAGAAUUUCUGGGACCACCUUGCUGUUGAAUUUCCUUCACGGAGCAAGAGAGAUCUCGUUAGCUAUUACUUCAACGUCUUUAUUUUGCGGAAGCGUGCCAAGCAGAAUAGGUUUGACCCAUCAAAUAUAGACAGUGAUAACGAUGAAUGGCAGGAGAUUGAUGACGAUGUUGUUGCUACGGGAGCUCAAAUGACAGAUGAAGAUGAGGAUUCUAUGGUUGAAUCACCAAUAUAUCAAAAUUAUCCUGGUCACAAUGAGAUAUAUGUGACUGAAAAACAAGCAUAUGAUGAAGAAGCUGGUGUUGCAACCUUUGAAGAUUAUCGGACGAUAAACUUUUGCAGGAGGAAGGUCUUGAGUGAUGCGUCAAAAGCAUGUCCCGAUGAAUUGAUUGAUAAUAACAGUAGUUGUGGACACUAUAUUCAGCCUCUAGACAGACAUCAUUCAAAUGAAGUGGGUAACCAUGAUGUCGAAGAUAACUCUUGUACCACUGAUGCAGCUGGGGCUUCUUCAGAAACACCACAGGUAAAAACUGAUGAUUGUAAACACUGGGCAAGUCAUUUUGCUGGUGUUGGCAUUGGCAGUGUGCAUGAUUUUGUGAUGGAGCCAUCUAAUGGUAAAGAGUGGGACAUGGGGUACUUAAGCUGUGCUAAGAAUGAAGUUGAUUUGUUACCAACUUGCUCUAUGAUUGAGGAAGUGUUUGGAGACGAAGCCUGGAGUUCCAAGAACAGAGAUGGUCACAGUUUAAGCAAGCACUGACCUGAAUUUUUGCCGUUCGAUCAUCCUUGGAAUGCUUCUUGCAGAAGUGAGAGUCCAUUUUUACUUGUAUAUUAUUAGUGGUGAAAGGAGAGAGCAUGAUAGAAAUGAAAUUUGAGAUUUUCGGCCUUGCUCUUGGUUGUUAGUAGGAAGCUGUUUUGAGGUAGGCGCUUAGGAUUGAUUUAUAUGUAAAGUUAAUUUUAUGGCCGAGUUGGGCCAUGUUUCGAGAAAUGGAAAAAGAAUUAAAGAAA